AGGAUGGGAGAGCAGAGAGAAAGAGAAUCCAUUUCUCUUCUCUCUCUGCUUUUUUAUUCAGCCAGUCUUGUCUCUGCAACAUCCAUCUGAUUUCUCAGGACUUUUCUGAUUCUGCUUCUCAGUGAUUCUGUUUCUUGCGGAGUCCAAGAAAAACUUAAAAAAGAAGAAGAGGAGGGGGGCUGUGAAGAAGGACAGUGCCAUGGCCUCCUGGUUCAACUGGAAUGAGCCAUAUUACCGGAGCCCCCGGCGGGACCCGGCCGACGUGGUCACUGACACCCUGAUGCUGGAGUUCAGCUGGCAGCUGAAGGAGGCGGAGAGGCAGCAGAGAGAGAGGGAGAGCGAGUACCGGCGCCUCAAGACCGGGGUGGACUACAGCUGGCUGGCCAGCACGCCUCGCUCCUCCUACAGCAUCAGCACCGGUGAGAAGCUUGGCCUGGAGGACCUCUGCUCCAAGGUGCCGCCACCCUGCUGCGGCCUGGUCAUACUCAAGUUUAGGGAGGUUUUGCAGGCCAAUGAGCCCGAGGUGCAGGAGGUGCCCGGCCUGUUUCGCUCCGUCCUCCUGGAGGCUCUGGAUCACGCCAAAGAGGAGCAGGAAGCUCAGCGGCUUGCCCGUCAGUGGAGUAACAAACGUGCCAUGAACAUGUCCCUCGUGAACUUCAGGUCCCGGAUCAAGAUCAACCCAUUUGGAAGCACGGUGGGCUUGACGUCCACUGUGGCCGACGGGGCGGGGUUGAGUGACCUCAAAACCGUGUCGGAGGAUGUGGAGAGAGGGAUGGAGAGGUCGCAGAGGGUGUGGAGCAUGCCUGACUUCAGAUACAAAGGAACCAGCAGCAGUAAAGUCGUGUGAUGUUGGGCGUAUACAGAACAGUGAUUGGGGGGGUUUCAUUGUGACAGAUGCUGAUCUCUGGCUGCAGUAUGCUUACAUGAGGCGAGGCAGGAUUAAUCCCAUAAUCCUCCUGCUCUUUUCAGUAUGAGACCAAUCAGCAUUUGAUCAAUUUACUUCUUUACCUUUACACCUGAAAGGGCAAUGUCAUGCUUUGUCAGAUAUUCUGUAACUUGACAGCACUUUUGGACUUGAAACAGUUUCAACUUUGUGUGAGAUUUUCGUCUUUUGCUGUGAUGCAUCUUGUAUUUUGUAGAUAUUUGGAUUAUAAACAUUGAGGGCUAUUUACUAUAAACUGGUAGGGAUGUUUAUAUAAUUUAAACGUUCUUGAGUCCUAAAUGUUGCAGGAAGAAAUUAAAUGCGUUGGUGUUGUUACGUCACACAACACAAAAUG